CAGGAUGUCUUAAGCCUAUAAAAUUAUAACAGAAAUUUCUUUGUUUUUAGUUAAAUUAUAACAUAAUUUCUAAAUGUUAAUAAUAAAAUUUUCCCGUAAGUAAAUAAAACAAAAACACAGAAGUACACUUUACGUCAGAUUGGAUAGCGACAGGGCAUCACCAAUGUUAAUCUUAUCAAAACCAAUCAUUACCUACUUGGCGUUUUUUUCUCUUCUUUAACAGAAACAGAACAAACAGAAAACGAGACGCUGGCCAAAGCUUUCAACUUUUCUCUCUUUUGCUGUUUUUUUGUUUCCUAUUCUGCUUCCAUUCUAUCACACUAGUAAUGGAAGAUGAGGACUGGGUUCUAGUAGAAAGACCCACUUUCAUAGAUUCUGAGUGUUCAUAUAAUAAGCCCUUAAAGGUUACGUUUAAUGGUCCUGCUAAGCACUGGACAGACUCAAUUCCCAUAGGAAAUGGCAGAAUUGGUGCUAUGAUUUCUGGUGGUAUGCAAUCUGAAAUUAUUCAGCUAAAUGAGGAUACUCUUUGGACUGGAGUUCCAGGAAACUAUACUAACCCUAAUGCUCUAGAAGCAUUAUCAGAGGUUAGAAAGCUUGUGGAUGAUGGAUUAUAUGCUGAAGCCACAGCUGCAUCAGUCAAAUUUUUUGGUAAUCCUGCAGAUGUUUAUCAACUACUUGGGGAUGUCAAGCUAGAAUUUGAUGAUUCUCAUCUUACAUAUGCUGACGAAACAUAUUAUAGGGAGCUAGAUUUGGAUACCGCAACAGCAAGAGUGCAGUAUUCUGUUGGUGAUGUAAAAUUUACUAAGGAAUAUUUUGCAUCUAAUCCUGAUCAAGUGGCUGUGAUAAAAAUAUCUGGGAGCAAAUCAGGGUCUUUAUCCUUUACAGUAUCUCUAGACAGCAAAUUAGAUCAUCAUUGUUACGUAAAUGUUGAAAAUCAGAUAAUAAUGGAAGGAAGUUGCCCAGAGAAAAGGAUCCCACCAAAAAUGAGUGCGAAUGAGAAUCCAAAGGGAAUUAAGUUUUCUGCUGUUCUUGAUUUACAUGUUAGUGAUGGCGUAGGUGUGAUACAUGUUUUAGACAAUAAGAAGUUGAAAGUUGAAGGUUCAGACUGGGGUGUGUUGCUUUUAGCGGCUUCAUCUUCAUUUGAAAGCCCACUCACUAAGCCAUCAGAUUCAAAGAAAGAUCCUACUUCUGAGUCUCUUCGUGCUUUGAAGGCAAUAACAAAUCUGUCAUAUUCUGAUCUUUAUGCACGUCAUUUACAUGACUACCAGAAACUUUUUCACCGUGUCUCAUUUCAGCUUUGGAAAAGCUCCAAUAGAAUUGUAGGAGAUGAGUCUCAGUUGACUAACAAUCUUAUACCUUCUGCAAAUGCUUUGUAUGUCAAAGGGAUCAAAGAUGAUGCAGUGCCAACAGUUGAGAGGAUAAAAUCUUUUCAAUCUGAUGAAGAUCCAUCCUUAGUUGAGCUACUGUUUCAGUUUGGCCGAUAUUUACUUAUAUCAUGCUCACGCCCUGGAACUCAGGUGGCAAACCUGCAGGGAGUUUGGAACAAGGAUCUUGAGCCAACAUGGGAUUCUGCUCCUCACUUGAACAUCAAUCUUGAAAUGAACUAUUGGCUGUCCUUGCCUUGCAAUCUGAAUGAAUGCCAGGAGCCCCUGUUUGAUUUUAUUAAAUCCUUGUCAGUCAAUGGAAGUAAAACUGCUCAAGUAAACUAUGGAGCUAGUGGUUGGGUUAUACAUCAUAAGUCUGACAUAUGGGCAAAAUCAUCAGCAGAUAGAGGAGAUGCUGUGUGGGCAUUAUGGCCAAUUGGUGGGGCAUGGCUCUGUACCCAUUUAUGGGAGCAUUAUAAUUAUACAAUGGACAAGGAGUUUCUUGAAAAUGAGGCAUACUUUCUACUGGAAGGAUGUGUGUCAUUUUUGUUGGACUGGUUGGUUGAAGGUAGUGAAGGAUAUUUGGAAACCAACCCAUCAACAUCUCCAGAACAUAUGUUCAUUACUCCAGAUGGUAAGCCUGCAUGUGUGAGCUAUUCAUCCACCAUGGACAUGGCAAUCAUAAGAGAAGUUUUUUCUUCUUUUGUUUCAGCUUCUGAGGUUUUGGGCAGAAAUAAAGACGUUCUUGUUCAAAACGUGCAUACAGCUCUACCAAGGCUACGUCCUACAAAAAUUGCUGAAGAUGGUUCUAUAAUGGAAUGGGUACGGGAUUUUAAGGACCCAGAGGUGCAUCAUCGUCAUCUUUCACCUUUAUUUGGCUUAUUCCCAGGGCACACAAUAACCAUUGAUCAAGAUCCAGAACUUUGUAAAGCUGCAGAGAAUACUCUCUAUAAACGAGGAGAGAAUGGUCCAGGAUGGUCAACAGCAUGGAAAAUUGCUUUAUGGGCACGUCUGUACAACAGUAAGCAUGCUUAUAAUAUGGUUAAACAUUUGAUUAAGUUGGUGGAUCCAGAUCAUGAGGUAGCUUUUGAAGGUGGAUUGUAUAGUAACUUAUUUGCAGCACAUCCUCCUUUCCAGAUUGAUGCCAACUUUGGUUUUACAGCAGCAGUUGCGGAAAUGCUUGUCCAGAGUAGAUUGGAGGACCUGUACUUGCUUCCUGCUCUUCCAAGGGAUAAAUGGGCAAAUGGAUGUGUUAAAGGACUUAAGGCACGAGGUGGGUUGACAGUAAGCAUAUGUUGGAAAGAAGGAGAUCUCCAUGAAGUUGGCCUUUGGGCAGAGAAUGUAAGAUCUGUCCAUCGAGUACAUUAUAGAGAAAAUACAGUGACAACAAGCUUAUUACCUGGAAUAAUUUACACAUAUAAUGCAGAGUUGAAAUGUGUAGAGACAUGCUCUUUCUCAUAACUGGGCUUUCGUGCGUCAAUUCCAAUGAAGAUCUGAUAAACAAGUUUUGUACAAAUAUGUUCAAGAAACUUGCGUUCCUUCAUUUAAACACCAGAAAUUAUCAAAAAUCUUUAUUGAGAUUUACACGGUAUGUUAUGUUC